AUGAAUUCUCAUGACGAGGGUCAGCGUGCACAUCACAUUCGAUUUUCCAUAAUUUCGGUCUCGCACUUUGCCAUUCCCAUAAAGUCACCUACAUGUAUGGAUGUACGAAAUAGAAAUGAGAGCAUCGUUAUUGAUUAUUGGCAAGGAAAAAUAAAACAUAAAUCAGGACUUGCCCCUGCAUAUCAUGUUAUUGCCUUUCAAGCCUCUAAGAUACAAGUUGUAGUGGGGAAAAAUGGUCAAAACACGGCAAUAUUUGGAGAAUUUAGAAGUGUGGGGGUGCAAAUGGAUAAAGUUUUUGUUUUAAGGUCAAUUGCUGCACUGUUAAAAAAAUAA